CACUGCCAACAUUACACUCGGCUAGUUGGCGAUCAGUAUUGGUCGACACUGCGGAAUAGGUAACAAACUAGAUGGAUUUACUGCGACGAAACAGUGUCGCCUGAUAAGGAUUGAUAAUGCCAUUAAGUGCACUCUGAGAUCAGGGAAGUAGACUAUGAAAACAAUUCACAAAUCUGUCGUUGUAUGCUUUUAAUCGCGGACCGAUUGUUAUGAUUUUAGCCCUUGCUAAGCGUGACGCGAUACUGUGUGAUUAAAGUUGAGCAACGUCGUUCAGAUAAUCGACCAGGUCAAUGUACCAGGAGUUCCGAACGGACAUUACAGCAGAUCAGCAGUGGGUGGUCGUGUUUAAUCGUCUGAUCUGUAAGGAUAGCUGCACAAAACUGACUAGCUAACCUGCUAAUGCACCAGUACAAGUAAGUUACGUUAAGAAGGAUCCGUUGACAGCAGACAUCGGUCGACUGAACAGGAUUUGCUGUUAAACUCUAAAGUGGUUCUCAAACUGAGACAGCGGUGUGUCUUUAGCUGAAAUGGACGACUUCAGCUCCAUCAGUCUGCUGUCUCUGGCUAUGCUGGUCGGCUGCUAUGUGGCUGGAACAAUUCCCCUGGCUGUCAACUUCUCUGAGGAAAAGCUGAAGUUGGUGACGGUGUUGGGAGCCGGGCUGCUGUGUGGCACUGCGCUGGCUGUCAUUAUUCCAGAGGGAGUUCAUGCACUCUAUGAAGAAAUGCUGGAAGGUGGGCACCACCAUGGCCACGGGCAGGUGGAAACGGAAGUUUCUGAACAGAAGAUUGUUGAAGGAGUCGUGGGACAAAGCGUCGAACACAGCCACGGUCACGAGCAGCUCCACGCUUAUAUCGGCGUUUCUCUGGUGCUGGGCUUCGUCUUUAUGCUGCUGGUGGAUCAGAUCGGCAGUUCUCACAUGCACAGCGGUGACGAUCCUGAAGCAGCGAGGACCGCUAGCUCUAAGGUCACCACCACACUCGGAUUGGUUGUUCAUGCUGCAGCUGAUGGUGUUGCUCUUGGAGCCGCUGCGUCCACGUCUCAGACCAGUGUCCAGCUUAUUGUGUUUGUGGCCAUUAUGUUGCAUAAGGCUCCCGCUGCGUUUGGACUGGUCUCUUUCCUCAUGCAUGCGGGUUUAGAAAGAAACCGGAUCCGGAAACAUCUGUUGGUCUUUGCCUUAGCUGCCCCCGUUUUGGCCAUGCUCACCUACGUAGGACUCAGUCAGAGCAGUAAAGAGGCGCUAUCCGACGUCAACGCCACCGGCGUGGCCAUGUUGUUUUCCGCCGGCACCUUCCUGUACGUGGCCACGGUGCACGUCCUCCCGGAAGUGGGUGGCAUGGGCGGCCACAGCCACUCCCCCGGAGGCGGCGCAGGGAAGGGACUGAGCAAAGUGGAAGUCGGAGCUCUGGUUCUAGGCUGUCUGAUACCUCUGGUCCUGUCCGUCGGCCACCAGCACUAGUGUUCUUCACUCGAAGCGACAUUGGAGAAGGUCUGAAAAGUGUGAACGGGACUUUUGAACAGCGCUGGCCACAGACGUGGUUUGAAUCAUGCCUCUGUCGGUUUAUUCGAGAUGGCGGUCGGUAGCGAACGAAGGAACAUUGCAGUCGGGAACGAGAUUGAAGAAGCGCCUAUGGACUUCUGGAAUGGGCUGCCCUGUCUCUCCAUAACGCCCUGUGGGCUGACGGCUUACGAUGACCAUACACGAAUAAAUGCCAUCACGUGUCCACCUCCUAAUGCUAUGUUUUCUUCAGUGGUGCCGGUUGAAAAAGAUUCGGUUGUUGCUGGGUUGUCGCGUACGCUUUAAAUUUGGUGUUCUGUUAGUUUUUAUAUGAAAUUUGCCCGCGAGUCUUUUAAAAGAUGAACCUACACCACCGUGCCCAGAUGUUGAGAUACUCCACAAACAUUAAAUUAAUUGAGUCCCUCUUUUUCUACAGCAUUAGUUGUUCUGAACUCUAGGAUCAAAUUUCGGGAAAAAACGUUUCUUUAAGUACAUUUCCAUGUUUUGUUUUUACUCCCUUUUUCUUUUUUUUAUAAUUAAUGCAGAUUUUUCUAUUAAUAGAUAUGUUUCUGAGUUUAUAUGGGAACAUACACUAAUGUACAGGGCUUUGUUUUCCCCCUUUCAGAAACUCGGCUACUGCUAAAAUAUAGUAAUUUAUUAAAAAAUGUCAUUGUGCGUAUGGUUAUUGGAUAAAUAUGAUCUUUCUUGCCAGUCGAAUUUUAAAUAUUCAAAUCCUUAAUGACUUAUUUUUGUGGUUAAUUUCAACCAGUUGUGUUUAUAUAUAUAUAUAUAUAUAUAUAUAUAUAUAUAUAUAUAUAUAAAUAUAUAUAUAUUAUUAUUAUUAUUAAAUGACACUUGAAAAACAUGUUGUCCAAAGGUUUGCAGGUGGACGUUUUUUUUUUUUUUUUGUUUCGUUUUCCUCCUCGAGUCGUGCAUGUACAGCUUUAUUAUUUGACGCAUCAUGCAUUUUUCAAACCUGAUGGUUGUUUAAUCCUGAAAAAAAAAAAAAAAAAAAAAAAGGAUCCAAUUGGUCAUUCAGAUGUUUUGUACUGUGACGCCUGCUCCGAGCAGAGCCUGUGUACUGUAAAUAUGUAUUCUCUGUAUAAAUGACAAACAAAAACAUCCUGUUCGACACCUCGAGUAGUUUUUAGGCUAAAUUUAGAAAGAUUGUUUUAAAACGAAUGACUGUUGAUGCUUCCGUUUUUGUUCGGGUGUUAUUUGAGAGUUUGAGGUCAGUAGGAAAGAGGAUUCUGUUUUGUUCUACUGAAGGUCUGCUUUGUUCUACUGAAGGUCUGGGAAAGUUACUACAAGUUACUUAACGGUUGCCUCUGAAGCUUGAGUGAGAAGAUGUAAGGAGACUUUUGGGGCCAACUUGGACACCAGCAACGCUCAGUGGUCCUGGUUUACAAAUUCUUGCUCUGAAAAAUGUCUUUGUUUGAAAGCUCUCUCUAGCGCCCUCAUCUUACCGUAGUGCGCAAGCGCAGCAUCAGCUUCAAAGCGUGGAAGAAACUGAUGGGAGACUCCAUGGGUGAUUCUUUUUUUUUUUUUUUUUUUGUUGACUCCUUUUAAAAGGGAAACCUAGAUAAACUUGGCCUCCUUCGAAUACUACGACAUGACCUCCUCCCAGAAACGUAUAUAAUUGUAUUGAAAGGUCAUUGGAAAGACGAAAUCGCGUGCCAUAAUGAUUUAUCAUCUGAUUCUGUUGGUGGGAUUGGGAUAGAGAUUUUAUAAAGUGCGUAGAAUGUGAUGAAUUAAGUUUUGGGCUUUUAUGUGAUCAUUCCACGAGAGGAGUAUGCCUUAUUUUUUCUCGCAGUUGUUUAACUUAAAAGUGGUUUCACAAUUCUUUGUUCAUGAUUUAAAUAAACUUUUCUUUUUUUUAAUGGA